AUGGAGAGCCAGAACCAGACCCAAUUCGAGAACACGAUGCAGGAGGAGGCUCCCGCCAUGCGCGACACCUCUCCCACAGCCUCGUCGCCAGUCGACCGACGGGAAAGCGUCGAGUGGGACGCAUCCAAGGUGCCGCCCAGCCGGUUCCAGAAGCGCAAGGGCUCCAUCUACGCCGUGCCCGCCUCGCGCGACGGCCACGUCGAGAACAACUACGCCUCAAAAUACCACGAGAAGCUCGCCGAGAAGGGCUGGGGCGGCCGGAAGAAGUCUGUCUCGAGCAACUAG